AGUCCAUCAAUGGCUAUUAGGUAGGAAGGGAAGGGUGUCUGUAGUUUUAGAAGCUGGGAAUAGCAACACUGUGCUGUUUAUUCCCUAUUAGGUUUCUGGCAUCAGACGCUGUCAGAAGAUGGGAUGCUGGGCUAGAUGAACCGCUAGUCUGACCCAGUAUGGCUGUUAUGUUCGAUCACAAAAAUACUAGACUAUAUUGAAAUUUCAGAAGGAUAACAAGGCCAUUGAAGAGAACCAGACAGAUUUUCAUGGAUCUCAAUAGUGCCAGCACCAUUGUUCUGCAGGUCUUGACCCAAGCUACCAGUCAAGAUACUUCUGUGCUGAAACCAGCUGAGGAACAGUUGAAGCAGUGGGAGACCCAGCCUGGCUUUUAUUCAGUCUUGUUGAAUAUCUUUACAAAUCAUACGCUGAAUGUAAAUGUAAGGUGGUUAGCUGUUUUGUACUUUAAAAAUGGAAUUGACCGCUAUUGGAGGCGUGUAGCACCACAUGCUCUUUUGGAAGAGGAGAAAUCUACAUUGCGUGCUGGACUCAUUACCAACUUCAAUGAACCAGUGAAUCAGAUAGCCACUCAGAUCUCUGUAUUGAUUGCUAAAGUUGCUAGGUUGGAUUGCCCUAGACAGUGGCCAGAGCUUAUUCCUACUCUUCUAGAAUCAGUGAAAGUCCAAGAUGACCUCCGGCAACACAGAGCAUUACUUACUUUUUAUCAUGUUACAAAGACGCUGGCAUCUAAACGACUGGCUGCAGAUAGGAAACUUUUUUAUGACUUAGCAUCUGGAAUUUAUAGUUUUGCCUGUUCCUUAUGGAAUCAUCACACAGAUACAUUCCUACAACAGAUCUUUAUGGGAGAUGAAGCUGCUGCUGCUACAAAUUCAUUAGAAAGAACUCUGUUGUCAUUGAAAGUGCUUCGUAAAUUGACAGUUCAUGGGUUUGUGGAACCUCAUCGGAAUGUAGAAGUGAUGGGAUUUCUACAUGCAGUAUUUGAGCGACUAAAACAGUUUCUGGAUUGUAGUAGAAGAAUAGGAACAGAAAAUGUAUGCAGAGACCGUCUAGAAAAGACUAUAAUUCUGUUCACUAAAGUGCUUUUGGACUUCCUGGACCAACAUCCCUUUUCAUUCACCUCUCUGAUUCAGAGAUCAUUGGAGUUUGCUGUAAGCUAUGUUUUCACAGAGGCUGGUGAAGGAGUUGCAUUUGAACGAUUCAUUGUCCAGUGCAUGAAUCUCAUUAAGAUGAUUGUAAAAAAUUAUGCUUACAAGCCAUCUAAACAUGUUGAAGAUAGCAGUCCUGAAACUCUUGAAGCACAUAAGAUAAAGACAUCAUUCUUCACAUACCCAACAUUAACUGAGAUAUGUCGGAGAUUAGUCACUCACUAUUUCCUGCUAACAGAGGAAGAAUUGACAAUGUGGGAAGAGGACCCAGAAGGCUUCACUGUAGAGGAGACAGGAGGAGAUUCUUGGAAAUACAGUCUCAGGCCAUGCACUGAAGUUCUUUUCAUUGAUAUUUUCCAUGAAUAUAAUCAGACCCUUACUCCUGUGCUUUUAGAAAUGGUUCACAAUCUACAAGGACCUACAAAUGUAGAAGAUACUAAUGCUCUACUGAUUAAAGAUGCUGUCUAUAAUGCAGUUGGGCUGGCAGCUUAUGAGCUAUUUGACAGUGUGGAUUUUGAUCUGUGGUUUAAAAACCAGCUACUAGCAGAGCUGCAAGUCUCUCAUAAUAGGUAUAAGCCAAUACGCCGGCGAGUAAUUUGGCUGAUUGGACAGUGGAUUUCUGUAAAAUUCAAAUCCGACUUAAGACCAAUGUUAUAUGAGGCAAUUCGUAACUUACUUCAAGACCAAGACUUAGUGGUUCGCAUUGAAACAGCCACAACUCUGAAGUUAACUGUAGAUGACUUUGAGUUUAGAACUGACCAGUUUUUACCGUAUCUGGAAUUCAUGUUCACGCUACUCUUUCAGCUGCUUCAGGAAGUCACAGAAUGUGACACAAAGAUGCAUGUUCUUCAUGUUCUUUCUUGUGUGAUUGAAAGAGUCAAUAUACAGAUACGACCAUAUGUAGGAUGUUUGGUUCAGUAUUUACCCCUCCUUUGGAAACAAAGUGAGGAGCACAACAUGCUGAGAUGUGCCAUUCUAACUACUCUAAUUCAUCUUAUUCAGGGAUUAGGAGCAGACAGCAAGAACCUCUACCCUUUUCUACUUCCAAUUAUUCAGCUAAGUACAGAUGUUUCCCAGCCUCCACAUGUUUAUCUCCUGGAAGAUGGUUUGGAAUUAUGGUUAGUGACAUUGGAGAAUAGCCCAUGUGUUACUCCUGAGCUGCUGCGAAUCUUUCAGAAUAUGUCUGCCCUUCUUGAGCUGAGUUCAGAAAAUCUCAGAACCUGCUUUAAGAUCAUCAAUGCUUAUAUUUUUUUAUCAUCUGCUGAAUUUCUACAGGUGUAUUCAGGUGAUCUGUGUCGAUCAUUUUGUGAGCUCUUAAAGGACAUAACUACUGAAGGCCAAGUUCAAGUGUUGAAGGUUGUGGAAAAUGUCCUAAAAGUAAACCCAACAUUGGGUCCUCAAAUGUUUCAACCCCUCUUGCCAUCUGUGUUCAGAGGGAUUAUAGAUGGAGAGAGGUAUCCUGUGGUGAUGUCUACUUAUUUGGGAGUCAUAGGUAGAGUUCUGCUACAAAAUGCUAGUUUUUUUUCAAUGCUUCUGAGCCAGAUGGCAUGUGAAUGCGGUCAAGAGAUGGACCAGCUUCUUGGUAACAUGAUUGAAAUGUGGGUUGACCGUAUGGAUAAUAUUACUCAGCCGGAAAGAAGAAAGCUUUCAGCUUUGGCAUUACUUUCACUUCUGCCAUCAGAUAAUAGCGUUAUCCAAGAUAAAUUUUGCGGCAUCAUUAACGUUUCUGUGGAAGGUCUGCAUGAUGUUAUGACUGAAGAUGCUGAAACAAGGACAUACAAAGACUGUAUGUUGAUGUCUCAUUUUGAGGAGCACAAAGUUACAGAAGAUGAGGAGCCUCCCACAGAACAGGACAAAAGGAAGAAGAUGCUUGCACUGAAGGACCCUGUACACACUGUGUCGCUGCAGCAAUUUGUCUAUGAGAAGCUAAAGGCACAGCAAGAAUUACUGGGAGAACAAGCCUUUCAGGCACUUAUGGAAACAGUGGAUACAGAAAUAGUCACGCAACUCCAAGAGUUCUUGCAAGGCUUUUAAAGAGCUGGAAAUAAGAUUUUGUAUGUCUGACUUUCUAGCUCAAAAAUAUGAAAAGAACACCUAUCCUUCCAUCUUAUAUGCAAAAGCCUGCUUAAAAGCUAACAGUUACUUGUGUACAACAAUAAAGAAGCAAAGACCAUGAAACUGUUUUUUUCUUUAUGUAGGAUUGGCAGAAUAAUUUGCUCCUAACUAGAGUUUACAAACCUGUUUCACAAGAGAGUAUAAUUUUAUAUAUAUGAGGAAUGGAGGAGAGUUGCAUGAGUUUAAUAUGUACAGUGAAAACAACUUCUUAAUUUGCUGUUAGAAAAAAAUGUUUAAAUUCUUAUAAUCAUGUGCAUUUAACAUUUUGAGGUAAAUUGAGGGCUAAUGCUGGAGAUAUUUUUGUGUGACAAUAAUAGCUCAAUUUGCCUUACACGUUUUAAUUGUUUAUUAAUUAAAAAUAACCAAUUCUGCACACCAUUUAAACAAAUGAAAGUAUAGGUUAAACCUCUAAAAUCCAGGACUCUCUGGUCCGGCAACAGUCAUGGUCCUGCUAAAUCAGAGAGCACCAGCUGGCCAGGUUCAGGGGCUGGGCUGGCGGUGAGGAGUGCAACCCAGCAUGCCAGCGAGGUGGAGAGCCAACACCCCUGACUGGGGCUGGUGAAGGCCCUGGGGCUGCAGGCAGCAGGGCCAGUGCCUAGGUACAUGGCCCUGGAUGAGUGAGCACAGCAGGGAGCACAGCCUCACCCAGGCUGGAGGCAGUGCGGCUAGUGGUGCAUGGGAGUGCUGCCCCGGCCAGGGCCAGCACAGUGCAGCGGCUGAGACUGAGAUGGAGACAGUGGGGCCUAGCACUCCCAGCACAGUGGGGAACACAAGAUUGGGGGGAGCAGGGCCAACAGCCGGGACGGGAGCCUUGACCUCCCAGUUGCUAGACCAGGAAGGUCCUACCUGUAUCAAAGCAGAAGACUAUAGAACAUUCUUCAAUCUGAUUUUAAUGUUAUAUAUUACUUGCAUCUUUUUAAAAGACAACAAAUUAAUCAGCCAGAUGUUUUAUGUCCAUUAUACUGAUCCAUGUAUGGGUAAAAUUGUUAGAAAAAGGAAAAUGUCCCAUUUUAUUUUCUGCAGAUGUGUUUUCUACUUAAAUAUGAUGGGUAAGAACCCAAAGACUUCAUAGUAAUGCACUUCUGUGCUAUAUCAGAGACCUAAGACUUUCUGAUUCUAGUCUCUUUCUCUCAAAUUAGGGUGGGACCUGAGUGUUUUGUAGAUAUAUAUUGCCAACCUUGCAAGAAGUUGGGGUGGAAGGUAUAACUGCUGCUGAAUAGUGCCCUCUUCUCAAGAUUAAGGACCUGAUCUAUAGUCCUUUGAUUUCAGUGAGCUUUAACUUUGGAUCAGAUAGUAGGAAUGUUGAUGAAAAUGGUAAAUUAGGAAAAAUGGAGGGCUCUGUCGAUCACACAAGAAUGUUUCUAUACAUCCUUCUUUCCAUCUCUCAUUCUCAGGAAAGGGGAAAAAAGUGUGUUUUUUUUUUUUUAUUUUGGUUUUUUGGGAGGGGAGGAGUGGGAGUGUUUUGCAUUUCCUAUCUGCCCUCUAUUGCCAAAACCCUUUUUAGUUGUGGGUUGAAUUUUUUUUUAAGGAAACUGUUAAAAACAUAGAAGUAAAAUGUACAAUAUGAAUUUUCUAUAGAAAGCUGGGUACAGUAUGUAACUGGAGAACCUACUGCCCCUUUGUAAUAUUAUAGAACUGAAAAUGUACUAAAGAAAUUUUGAUGCUUCCAAAAAGACAAAAGCAGUAAAGUUUCAAUUAAACUUUCCAAAGAUAC